GGGCGACGUCAGACGGUGGUGGGAUGGCUCUAUGUGAGGGGAGAAGGAAAGAGAAAACGUCCUGAAGAAAGGAGCCUGGAGUGAGUGAGCGCUGGGCUGCACCGGGAACACAGCAGCGGUUCAAAACAGAGGACGGCUCCUUCACGUCGGCUGCAACAUCACACCACGUCGGCUCUGUGUGCUUUCUCAAACGUUACCAUGGCUGAGGGAAGCUGCUUCGGUGCGUUGUAGCUGUUUGCGAUGACCAGACCUUGCCUCAUUAAAGAAGAAGAAGAGGCGAGAGCAAACAAUACCGACUGAGAGGAGGAAAAACAUCUGCUCAGAGAGGAUAAGAACAGAACAGGGAACCUACUGGAACCUUCUCUUUGUAGUAAAGGAAUUUAAACUCCCCAGUAUCAGUCAGUUGAAGGGUUCAAGAAUUAUAUAUUUUUUUACUUUGUGACCAUCUCAGAAAGAGUGAGCAUCAUGUGCCAUGUUAUUGUAACCUGCCGCUCUAUGCUCUGGACACUACUCAGCAUUGUGGUGGCCUUUGCUGAGCUUAUUGCCUUCAUGAGCCCUGAUUGGCUGCUGGGAUCCCCCCGCUCGGACUCUAGUGCGAGCGGGGCGGGCGUGGACUCGGGGGAGUACCGGCCGUCUCUCGGCAUGUACAGUCGCUGCCUUCGUGUCGGGGCCCGGGGAAUUGGGGUGAGCUGCGGGCCCUACGCUCGGACAUUUGGAGAAGUGGCCAGCGGCUUCUGGCAGGCGGCCAUGUUGUUUCUGGCAGCAGGGAUCUUAGUUCUAGCAGGAGUCGCCUGUAUCUCCAUCUUCAGCCUGUGCUUCCAGAGCAUCCUGAAGAAGAGCAUAUUCAACAUCUGUGGACUGCUCCAGGCUAUCGGAGGCCUGUUGCUGAUGGUGGGCCUCAUGCUGUACCCUGCUGGUUGGGGAUCAGAGAAGGUGAUCAGCUACUGUGGCGCUGAGGCCUUGCCCUUUAGGCCGGCCCUCUGUUCCCUAGGCUGGGCCUUCUACGCCGCGAUAGGAGGAACGCUGGGGUCCUUCCUGUGUGCCGUUUUGUCUGCACAGGCUGAGAUUGCCACUUCCAGCGACAAGGUCCAGGAGGAGAUUGAAGAAGGGAAGAGUCUAAUCUGCCUGCUCUGAGCCUUCAAACAACCUGGGGAAACCAUCCUUGGUGUCUUUUCUCUUUUACACACAUUUUUAGAUCUCAGUGGAGGAGAACAGACAUUUCUUUCUGCAAUUUUCUUUAUGAUGAGAUCGCUGGUUGUUGAAAAGAUCGAAGCCCUGAAAACAAAAUGUUAAUAUGCAGAUCACGCUACCAAUAUCAUCCUACCUAAUGAUAAACAUGGACAAAGUAAAACGUAUAUUUCCCUUCUACAGCUGCAGGUUGAACUGCCAAAAAUGCUCUUGUACAGCAGCAGGCUAAAGAACAUUACCUGCAGACGUAUCCAAUGUUUUUGAACAAGAUAGUGUUUAUUUUUCUAAUGAUCUUUGCCAUAAACAAACCACUGUACUGGAGAAGCAGGAGAUUAGUUAAAUAAAUCGGUAGUCGAUGAGUCAUUAGCAUUUUUGUGGACAGGUUAAUGACUACAAGUCAGUGCGUAUGUUUAUAAUGUCCUUAUAAUGUUCAUUCACACGGUUCACCUGCAAAACGUAACAAACCACUGAAUACUAGCAGAUGUGUCCAUUUAGACUCCCAACAAGGACUUGGGAGUGUGUGUGUGUGUGUGUGUGUGUGUGUGUGUGUGUGUGUGUGUGUGUGUGUGUGUGUGUGUGUGUGUGUGUGUGUGUGUGUGUGUGUGUGUGUGUGUGUGUCAGACAUUUACUGUUUUGUUUUCUAAACUUCUUUAUUAUCUGAUUGUGUGGCACAGCAGGACUCUCUAACUUUCCAUAUGCCACUUAAGGGAUCAUUCACUUUAAAGGUGGUUUCCCUAUUAAAUGGAUUGUUUGUGGGUCUCUAGAAGCUUAUUAACUUGCAGUGUGUGAACAGAACCGAGACUCGCCAUGUGUUUUUCUAUGGUGGACUUUCAUGAGGAGAUGUUUGCUCAAAGCGAGAUAAAGGCUGCACCAGAGAUUAUCACAGGUUACCUUACGACACAGCACACAGACGAGAUCUGGUUUGUAAAUAUGCCCAAAGAACCGGUUACAUUUUAAAAAGGCUUUGUUGAGCUUUUGCUAAAUGAAUGUAAAUGAAUGGGUUUUCAGUGAUGCUUUGAUUAGGGCAGACCUCUCUGUUUUGUUUGGUACUUUUGGAGAUCAGAGUAUUGUAUUUUGCACUUGGUUCUCAAUUCAUUUAAAAUUGCUUCAUAACUUUCCUAACCCUGCUUCAUCAAGUUGCUGUAAAUGUAACAUCAUGUGAUCACUUUUAUUAUUUGUAGAUAAGAUGUGCAAUAAUUCAACUAUAUUGUGUCUGCUUUGAGAGAGAGUGGACUGAGAGGAUGAGACGUUUCUAGUCUGUCUGUGCUAAAAUGUAUAUGUUGACUGUACUCUGUUUUGUUACAUUAACAAAAGGGUAACAGCAUCCGUGGCACAUUGUAUAAAGCUGCAUGUAUGAGAGGUUGAUAUGUGUGAGAGAUCUGUCUGUACUUUGUACUCAAAUAAACCAGGCCUUCUUUAAAUA